CCUCCGUUGCCUUCUGCUUUCGGUUUUGAUGUCAACAGUCGAAGCUCUUCUGACGGUUGUGUUGUACGAGUCAUGUCUACGUCCCUUCGCUGUGACUGUGUGUGUGCGGAGUGUUUGUUGUGCGUCACUCUCUGAAGCACAGGAGUCGACUGGGAAGGAUUAACAGCCAUGAUCAUGGACUCUUCACCCCUGCAGGGCGCCUACGGGGAAGUGAACCAGCUGGGCGGUGUGUUUGUGAACGGUCGGCCCCUGCCUAACAGCGUUCGACUACGGAUUGUGGAGCUGGCGCAGCUAGGGGUGCGUCCCUGUGACAUUUCCAGACAGCUACGCGUCUCGCACGGAUGUGUCUCCAAAAUCCUAGCCAGGUAUCACGAAACAGGAUCCAUCCUUCCCGGGGCCAUCGGAGGGUCGAAACCCAGAGUGACCACACCAAAGGUAGUGUCUUACAUCCGUGAACUGAAGCACAAGGACCCCGGAAUGUUCGCCUGGGAAAUCCGAGACAGACUACUGGCCGACGGAGUCUGCGACAAGUACAACGUUCCAUCCGUUAGCAGCAUCAGCCGCAUUCUGAGAAAUAAGCUGCACGGCGGAGGUGCAUCGGGACCUCCUCAGCCGCCUCCAUGCCACACAACCUUGCCGGUCCUCCCCUGUACCUCCUCCGGCCUGCCCCUCUACCCGCCUGCACACCACCACUCUCCACCUCAUCCACUGGCCAAGGCAUGGGACUUCUACCACCACUUCCACCAGCAGCAGCAGAGGACGGCAGAGGUGCAUCACAACUACUACGUGCACUCUUACAUCCAACACAAUGUAUCUCACCCGGGAUCUCACCUAUAACACCCACUGCAUUCUCAUAGCCGCCUCGUUGUACAUCAUCCCCUUAUCAAAAAAUAAAGUGUUGCUCUCGUU